AUGUUCGGAAGAGGACCCUCGAAGAAGAGCGACAACACUAAGUUCUACGAGAUCCUGGGUGUUCCCAAGAACGCCUCCCAGGAAGAUCUGAAGAAGGCCUACAAAAAAGCCGCCAUCAAAAACCAUCCCGACAAGGGUGGAGAUCCUGAGAAGUUCAAAGAGCUAGCUCAGGCUUAUGAAGUUCUUAGUGACCCGGAGAAGCGUGAGAUCUAUGACCAAUAUGGCGAGGAUGCGCUCAAGGAAGGAAUGGGUGGUCCGGGUGGAGGGCAUGAUCCAUUUGAUAUCUUCUCAUCCUUCUUUGGUGGAGGCCCAUUCGGAGGUGGUAGCAGCCGGGGAAGGAGACAAAGGCGUGGUGAAGAUGUGGUUCAUCCUCUUAAGGUCUCCUUAGAGGACCUUUAUCUCGGAACAACUAAGAAGCUCUCACUUACGAGGAAUGCUUUGUGCUCCAAGUGUAACGGAAAAGGUUCAAAGUCUGGAGCUUCUAUGAAAUGUGCUGGCUGUCAAGGAACAGGUAUGAAAGUCACGAUCAGGCAGUUGGGACCCGGAAUGAUUCAGCAGAUGCAGCAUGCUUGUAAUGAGUGCAAGGGCACUGGUGAGACCAUAAGCGACAGGGAUCGUUGUCCACAGUGCAAGGGAGAUAAGGUUAUCCCCGAGAAGAAAGUGCUCGAAGUUCAUGUCGAGAAAGGAAUGCAACACAGCCAGAAGAUCACCUUCUCCGGUCAAGCAGAUGAAGCUCCUGACACGGUAACUGGAGAUAUAGUGUUUGUACUUCAGCAGAAGGAGCAUCCGAGGUUUAAGAGAAAGGGAGAUGACCUCUUCGUGGAGCACACCCUAUCUCUAACCGAGGCUCUCUGUGGCUUCCAGUUCGCGCAGACCCACUUGGAUGGCAGACAACUUCUCAUCAGGUCCAAUCCCGGAGAGGUUGUGAAACCCGAUUCGUACAAGGCGAUAAACGACGAGGGGAUGCCGAUAUACCAGAGGCCGUUCAUGAAGGGGAAACUAUACAUCCAUUUCUCGGUGGAAUUCCCUGAAUCGCUCUCCCCGGAUCAGGCAAAGGCGAUAGAAGCGGUGUUGCCUGGGAGGCCAUCGUCGAGCAAAAAGCAGCUGACGGAGAUGGAGAUAGACGAGUGCGAAGAGACUACUCUCCAUGACGUCAGUAACAUGGAGGAAGAGAUGAGGAGGAAGCAGCAGGCUCAGAGGGAGGCUUACGAUGAUGACGACGACGACGAUGGCCCACACGGCGCCCAGCGUGUCCAAUGUGCCCAGCAGUAGAGGCUUUAUGGAGAUGGAGAUGGUGUGGUUUCUUCUUAGUGGCGUGUUUGUUUUAAGGGUCCGAGACAUUGAAUUCUGGCAACCCUUAUAGACUCGAAUAGAGUCUAAGUGGUACUUCUUGAUUUCUGUUCUCUUUUUUUUUUUUUUUCUUAAUUAAUGUUUCAUCAAAUAUUUUUAUCCAUCUGACAUGUUUUUGGUUC